AUGGCCGAGCCGGUAGGACUGGCUUCCGGGCUAUUGGCCCUGGCUACGUUCGCCCUCCAAUCCAGCAUUACGCUUUACAGCACUGUCCAGAGUUUUCGAGACCGUCCCAAACGUGUGCGCGAUCUCAUUGACGAGCUUGAAGCUUUGAGCGGAGUCUUAGGCCCACUUACGGAGACGGUCAGUGCCGUCCAUACUGUCGACCUCUCAGCGCUCGAUCGACCGUUGCUGCGAUGCGGCCAUGCCUGUGCAGAGUUCAAUCAGGAACUCAUGAAAUGCGUGUCGCAGUCCGGGGGGGGACUCGGACGACCUUUCGGGGGGUGGGCUAAACUCAAGUACAUGGGUGAUGAUAUCGACGGAUUUAGGCGGUUGUUAUCCGGCUACAAGUCGACAAUCACUAUUGCCCUCACUGACGCCAAUCUCCGCGUAUGCUCUGCCACCGCCGAGACCAUUUGA